AGAAGGGCCAUAUCGCCUUCUGUAUUGUUCAAGUAAAGGAGAUAAAGCAGGGGUUAUACAGGAGUUAGAGAAAGGUGUGGAACCAAAUCUUGCUGACUAUGACAAGAGAACAGCUCUCCACUUGGCCUCCUGUGAAGGCUGCCUAGAAAUCGUUGUUCUGCUUCUCGAGAAAGGCGCCGAUGUCAACUCGAUCGACCGCUGGGGACGCACUCCACUAUCAGACGCUCGUAGCUUCGGUCAUGAUGGGAUUUGCAAGAUAUUGGAGGAUCACGGUGGAACAGAUCCGGUGGGAGUUGACUCUCACUUUCCUUGCUAUGAAAUUGAUUACAAUGAGGUGGACAUGAUUGAAGCAAAACUUAUUGGAGAGGGAGCCUAUGGUGAAAUUUAUUUGGUAAAUUGGCGUGGUACAGAAGUCGCUGCAAAGACAAUUCGUCCCUCUUUCGCAUCAAAUCCUAGAGUAAAAGAUACUUUUAUGAAAGAACUGGCUUUGUGGCAAAAGUUACGCCACCCUAACAUAGUGCAAUUCCUUGGUGUUCUAAACAACUCUGACCGAUUGAUCUUCCUCACUGAGUAUCUUUGCAAUGGAAGUUUGUAUGACAUACUAAGAAAGAAAGGAAGACUAGACCAACAAAUAGCAGUUUCUUAUGCUUUAGAUAUUGCCAGGGGUAUGAACUAUCUCCAUCACCAUAAACCACAUGCUAUAAUUCACAGAGAUUUGACACCAAGAAAUGUGUUACAAGAUGAAGCUGGGAGGCUUAAGGUUACUGAUUUUGGACUAAGCAAGAUUUAUCAGGAGAAAGAUCUAGGUUAUAAGAUGACUGGAAGAACGGGUUCAUACCGUUACAUGGCACCUGAAGUUUAUCGUCGCGAAUUAUACGGGAAAGCUGUUGAUGUCUUCUCAUUUGCUCUGAUAGUGUAUGAGAUGUUUCAAGGAAAACCAUCAAAUCUGGCAGAGGACGCAGAAAGUGUUGCAGAUAAGCGAGCAUAUGAAGAUUACCGACCACCUCUCUCGUCUUCCCUUUUCCCCGACCCGAUUAAGGAGCUUCUUCGACAAUGCUGGCACAAGAAUCCAGAUUCCCGACCUACAUUUGAGCAGAUAAUUUCUGAGCUAGAGACCAUCCAAGAGGAGUUCAAAAAGAAGUCAACAAUGUCCUGUUGUAGUUGUGCCAUUCUAUGAAUCUGAUAUUUUGUUAAUGAAUGUUUAA